GAAUUUUGUUCCGGGUGAUUUGUGAUGACGACUACUAACACAUGGUGAAGGUGCAUACCUAGGUAGCAUCCGGACCUAAUCGAUGGCGCUAACUUUUGGGGCGAUCGGACACUGCCGAAACCUGGUCGAAGCAAAGUCCCAAGCAAUAUCAAUGAAUGAUGAGCGCAAUGCUGGACUGGUAUGACGCCUGGGUCAAGAAAUGGAUACCACCUUUGGACGAAUUGGCGCUGAGCUCCCUGAUCGAACUCAUUAGGGUCUUCAUGGUUUCAUUGAGCGUGUCCUCCUUCUCCUCUCAUGUCAUUGUUAUCCGUAUCCUCGCCCGGUUGAGAAAGACACCGUCACAUAAUCUAUAUGACGAUUCAAUAUUAGGUACCCAUUGUGUUGCACUCACUAUCCAAGGAAUAGUUAUUGCAACUUUUAUUUUGGCCUGGUAUCGACGGCUCUGCUGGUACUGCGGAUACAUUGCCAGGUGGCCAGGUCAAUAUCUUGCGCUGGGGCUUGGAGACUUUGUACUUACCAUCGCGCUUGGAAUGGCAGUGGCUGCACAACGAUACAGCCCUGCUCCUGUUUCGGCUUGCGAUAUUGAUAAAGACAUUUACAGCGAGACGGUGGGUGCCGGCGGCGAAAGCCAGAAACACGCCUGUCAAAAGUUCACCACUGAAUGGGCAUUUGAGAUUUCGACGCUUGCUCUGCUAUCUCUACUCACUUACCUGGAGCUGUACUAUACGUCCUUGACGCGACCGAAGCUCACCUGGCGGCAACCUUGGCAUGUUCUCCGUGAAUUUCUAACCGCGCCAUUACCUCUCUUUGUGGCCGCUGGCGGAUAUAUGCAGAUAUUCGUGUACUAUGUUUUCCGGAUCUUGAAACAUAAACUCGCGGAUGACGGCCCUAGCGAAACUCCGCCAGUGCCCGCGCCAUGCGCACCUGGAGAAGAUCACUUUGAACCACCAGGAGGACUGCAAAAGGUUUUGACAAUCGAGCAUUUACUUCUCAACAUCGUAGACGGAAUGUGUUACGAUGACGUAAAGAGUUUAAGUCUAGCAUCUCGAGAUAUUCGGGAGGCCGUGUUCCCAAGCCGUGAUUUGGAGUAUCGCGUGCCUAAAUUGAGAGAACGUUGCUGCUCUCAGGGCAGAAAGAUAUGCCCAUAUUGUCCCAGUCCUAUAUGCGAGUUGUGCAAGAGGCAAGUGCAGUGGCUCGGUAUUCCUAGUAGACACCAUGCCCAACACUGCAAUCCGUACUGUACAUCGUGCUACGUUGAUAAGCGUCGGAGAGAAGCCAUUGACCACAAAACCUGGCUCAAGCGAGACAGGUGCAAGUGUGAUAGGAACGAACAGGAGAUCAUAGAGCAAGAAGUGUGCGGAACUUGCGAGGCGAGCGGAAGCCAAACAAUACUUCCUCUAUCUGAUGUCCGGAAUCGUCAGAAGAUCAAGCAAUUGGCGUUGACAAAAGGACAUUGUGCGGGAUGCGCCACUGUAUUGAAUCGGACGGCUUUGUUUUGGUUCUGUGACGAGUGUGCCUCUGAAUGUACGCACCCCAUCCAUCCUACCUCCGUAAAGGCACGAAAAACGGACGACAUUGAGAGCCAGAGCGCAACAAUGGCGGACGAGGAUCAUGGAGGGUUGUUCGCCCGGCUUCUUAAGUCGUUCUCCCGCAGACCUUGAUGGUUGAAAGAUUCGAAGGUAGCCCAACGGACGUGCACGGUAUCUUAGGUACGCUUCCUAGAACCGGCUCAUUUCUGUGGUUUGAGCGUCUGAGUCCGGAGUCGUAUGUGCCGCUGUCAAAGUGCAGUGUUGGCACUGUGGGGUUUGGUCCAGUGUGCGACACAGGGUUUAUGUCUUUCUUUUGAAGUUGAACAACGCUGUCAUAUUUAUCGUUCACUCAUUUCACAUUGUCGAACAUUCAGUUAUCUAUUGAUAUUACC